CCCGCAGAGUCAAAGCGCGGCCAUAAGUAAAGCGUCGUCGCUGCCGUCGCCUCGUCGCUGCCGCCGUCGUCUUCGUCCCACCCCCGCCCUGCAGCCGUGCCCUGAGCUUAGGCCUCUCGCUGAGGCCGUCACCCGACGCCAUCAUGCUGCCCAAGGUCGCAAAUCAUCUACUGCACCACACCGCGCGUGCCAUAUCCGUCGCGCAGAACCAGACCGGCCACACCAUCCGCAAUGUCCUCCAAUUGCAGUCGUCCUCCACACCGUCCACCGCAUCUGGCAACUUCGGCGGCUGGAAUGGUGCAUCUUCCUCCCACUCGAAUUGGAAUGGUCGUGGUGCUGGCUCUGGCGGCGCUAAAUUUCAUCCCGGCGGUCGUUCAUAUGCUGGAUACACGGGUGCUGGCAGGGCUGUGACCCAGGCCGAAACCAUCUCUGUGAAUGACCUCAGCCAGUCCGCUGGCGAUGAUUCGGACGAUAUCCCUCCCGGCCUUCGUCGCGGUGCUCACUCUCCCAAGAGUCAUGGUUCUUCCCUACCACCUCGCGCCCGGUCUCGUGCAGGUCUCACCGUCGUCCGGACAGUACAGUCUCACACAAAGUCUAACCGACCCUUUGGCGGACAGGUCGUCGUCGAGACCUCCUCAACCAACGCUGGAUUGUCGACACAAGCGACCGCCCUGCUCCUUCACAGGCUAUCUGCCCGAGAUGUAACCGCUCGCCCGUAUUCCACAGCCUCUAACGUUCAGACCGUCAGCGACUACCUCGACGUCGAGUCUCCGCCCUCUUCCUCAGCCAGCUUACAGCAUUCGGACGCCUCGUAUUCCAGGCCACCCUCUCCAGCUUCAUCCUUGCCCACACCACCUCCCGAGGACGUGGAGGAGGCGCCUACCAAUGAGACCGCAGAUUACAAGGCUUUCGAGCACGCUGCUCAGAACAAGGACGCGCAGAAGGUGCAUGACCUCGUUGAGAGCAUGCACUCUCGUGCGACUCGACCCUCCGUCCAACUGUACAAUGCAGCGCUGUCGUCCUUGCGGGCAGUCCGUUCUCCUCACCAAUCGCUACGGUACAUCCUCGAGCUCUACAAUGCAAUGCUGGCUCGCUCUAUCGCCCCGAACUUCAAGACGUACACCACUCUUAUACAGGCGUUCACGGAGCGCGACCGUGAUGUACAGGAGGCAUUGCAACGUCUUGAGAGGAAUGUACGUUGGCAGACGACACUCGGCGGCACAGAGUCCAUUGCAGACCGGAAACGCAUCUCGAACCUACGCGCUGAAAACAAUCUUCGCCCCGCCAUGACGCUAUUCCAGACAGCAUGUGCUAUUCCGCACACGAAAAUGCCCCGGGUUAUCUACCAUGGUCUUCUCGAAUCCUGUGCCAAUCACGCGAACGUCGACGCCGCUAUUCAUGUUUUCGCCCACCUCGAACGCCGCAGGGAUAUUCUUCCUACUGCGCGUACCUUCCACCUACUCAUGUCCGUGUACACCGCCCUCGCGGACUGGCAGAGUGCGAAGGACGUAUUCGAAGAAUUUAGGCAAGCGUGCAAAUCUGGAAGAAUCGGCGCCGUGCUGGAUAUUGAAGGCAGCGCGGAGGAAACUCACCGUCUACUGCGCCUCACUCGUAUCAACGUCUGGAACGCCAUGCUCGAGGCGUAUGUACGGAGUGGGCAACACACGGCCGCCCUCGGUUUACUGGAGCAGAUGCUUGACACCAAGGCUGGCGAAGCAUUCGACGUUGCCGACGUUCCUCCUCCUUCUCCGGGCACUUUCCACCGCCUGAUCGCAUCGUUCUGUCAAUCCGGCGAGAUCGGCACGGCUCUGGCGUGGUUCGACAGGCUCUUGCUGCAAGACGUCGCUCCCCGUUCGCCUGACGACGCGUCGGUGAGCCCUUGCAGGCCAAACUCCUCCACGUGGGCGAGCAUCAUCGAAGCCGUUUGUCUGGAUGGCCGAAUCGAUGACCUCAUGAGGGUCAUGUCAUCCUUCGAGCGGCUUGCUGAUCAGGACAACCUGAUGCUCCACAGAAACGACAUUUACCUGGUACUUCAGACGUACUUCCGCCAUCUCUCGCUGCAUCCGAACCUCGAGGAAGCUCAGGUCGUCUCGAUCACAGAUGCAAUGUCUACUGUGAUUGCACGUUAUGGACCUGCAGUUCUUCGGUGUCUGGUGAACGACGACAAACCGCGUGAACUAUGCGUUGCCCUUCCGCAUCUGCUUUUAUCCAAGGGAAGAGCGAAGGAAGCAUGCCGCUUGGUGCUCUCCUACGUUGCGUUUGAGGGUCAGGAGCGCGGUGCGCUCUCCGAGGAAGUGACUUCGAGGCGGAAAGCUGUCCGUGACUUGGUACUCGGGUUCUGUCGACGUUGUUGCACGGAGACCGACGGGAAGCUAUCCUUGCAGGAGGUGAUUGGUCUCGGCAGACUCUUCUGGGUUAUACGAGAGGCUAUUCCGGCUGAUGUGGCAGCAUGGAGCCUGCAGGCCUACGCAGCAGCUCGGUCCAACGCUGAUGAACUGCGUCAUCUGACAUUGGACGAUUGGACAUUCGUGGCCUUUGUUGUCCCCGAAGUCGAAGGCAUCGUCGCAGUCGAGGACGUUCUCGGUGAUAUGGAACGUAUAGGCAUGAAGUUGACAAGCCUUCCGACGCAUAGCCGUAUCCGGCUGUUCACCCGACUGCGUGACCAGCGGGACGAGUCCUACGCAUCCGAAACCAUGCACCGUUAUGACCCUGAGGCGGAGCACAUCCUCAAUUUGGUGGCAAGCAAGGACGCCAACCGCAAUAAUCUCGUCGAGCUUGCCCCGCCAAGCGAAGAUUCUCCUGCCCCUCCGUUGGCCAAGGUGCAACACCCUCACAGCGCAUUUGUCUCAGAGUUUUGGCCAAUCCCCAAUGCACGUAUAUCUCCAGCCGUCGCCUAUCAACGGUUCGAAGCCGGGCGCGCGCGGAACGUCUACCCUUACCCAGUUGUCUUGUCUCGCCUGAUAACCACCCUUGGUCGCGAUCGCGAGAUAGAAAAGGUGCGAACAUUGUAUGACAGCGCUCAGCUUGUCUUGCAGACAUACGAACACAACAAAGAAGAACAGUCGUACGCUUGGUUCCUGGUCGAAGACAGCAUGGUCAUUGCUCUCGCCCACGGUGGCGAGUUGGACGCCGCUCACGUUCAUCGGGCCCGCAUCAUCGAACACGGGGGAGUGCCCACUGCCGACGCGUAUGGUGCACUGAUUCACAAUGUCAAGGACACGACGGAUGACGCUUCCAGCGCCAUCGCGCUUUACCGCGAAUCGCGCGAGCGUGGUGUUAUCCCUAACGUCUUCCUGUACAACACCAUGAUCUCCAAGCUCGCGAAGGCGCGCAAAGCCGACGAUGCCAUUGCCCUGUUCAAAGAGAUGAAGGCCAGUGCUAUCCACCCUUCGUCGGUGACCUACGGCGCAGUCAUCGCAGCUUGCUGCCGGGUAGGCGAUGUAGCGUCUGCAGAGACGUUGUUCACGGAGAUGGCUGCUCAACCUAGCUUCAGGCCACGCGUCCCUCCCUACAAUACAAUGAUGCAGUUGUACACAAGUACGAGGCCCGAUCGUGCCCGCGCCCUUCAUUAUUUCGACCAGCUGGUCGCUGCAAGAGUCAAGCCUAGUGCGCAUACGUACAAGCUUUUGUUGGACGCGUACGGUUCCAUUGAACCUGUUGAUUCAGCUGCCAUGGAACGGGUCUUCGGCGAGAUCACGUCCGGACGUAAACCGCUCAUACAGGGCACCCACUGGGCCUCCUUCAUCCAUUCCGUCGGAUGCGUGCAGAAGGAUCUGGACCGCGCUCUCGCUUUGUUCGACUCGGUCGCCUCCCAUCCCUCUACGCGUCAGUCGGGCGCCCAGCUGCCGGAUGCAGUUGUCUUUGAAUCGCUGAUCAACGUUUUGGCUGCCCACCGCCGCGUGGACCUCAUACCAGGCUACGUGUCGCAGUUGAGGACUUACGGGAUUCACAUGACGGCCUACAUCGCCAAUCUGCUCAUAAAAGCCUAUGCGUCAGCGGGGGACAUCGAACGCUCGAGAGAAAUCUUCGAUAGCCUGGCUGAUCCACCUGAAGGCAUUGCAGCUCCGCACAACCACGCUCCCCAUGAUGCACAAAGCAGUGACAUCUCACAGGUCCCCGUUGACGCGCCAGUAUAUCGUGAGCCCUCGACUUGGGAGGCCAUGGUGCGGGCAGAACUGGGUCACCGCAACCGGGAUGAGGCCAUCGCACUCCUUGACCGAGCGCAGGCAAGACAAUUCCCCCCGGCCGUGUUGAAUCGUAUUAGUGGUAUCCUCCUCGACGAUUCGGUGUCUCCUUGGGCUGAGCCUGAGUGA